GCGCAGUCGAGAUAAAGGCUCUAAAAAAUGGUUUAAAAGACCCAGGCUUUGCUCAUGCUUUCCACUGCUUGCUGAAGCCUUUCCUUUGGGCCCAAGACCUCUUCCUGCACAUGCGCAGAAGGCUCAAUGACGGUCGCUGGUCGGCUAAGGCUCUGGGAAAGGGGUCUGGCCAUGUUGCAUGUGACCUGGGGGUCCAAGGUCCGAGUAUGGUCCCUGGUGCCUGCUCUCUUCGGGACUCCCCGGUCUCUGUCGUCCCUGGCGAGAGUUCCACUCCAGUCCGGCAGAGAGAGCAGCUUUGGAGGCAUUCUCAGGUCAUGUGGACUUCUGUACCCUGUUUCACUACCAUCAGCUCCUGGCCAGGCUGCAGGCCUUGUAUGACCCCAUCAACCCUGACAGGGAGACCCUGGACCAGCCGUCCCUUACUGACCCUCAGCGUCUGUCCAGCGAGAAGGAUGUGCUCCAGGCUCUGAAGCCCCUGCUGGCUCAGGCCAACUUCUCUCCGCUCUCUGAAGAUGCCCUGGCCUAUGCACUUGUCGUCCAUCACCCUCAGGAUGAGGUCCAGGUGACAAUAAAUUUGGAUCAAUAUAUCUACAUGCAGUUCUGGGCCCUGGGCCAGAGAGUUGGGCAGAUGCCCCACAUGUCCAGUGUGGGCUCCAAGCGUGGCUUCUUCAGAAAGUUGCCCCCUGUGGAGAGGAGAUAUUUCAAGCGUGUGGUAUUGGCAGCCCGGACCAAACGUGGGCACCUGGUUCUGAAGAGCUUCAAGGAUACCCCACUGGAGGGCUUAGAGCAGCUGCUUCCAGAGCUGAAGGUGCGCACACCCAUGCUGCAGCGUGCCCUGCUCAACCUGAUGCUGGUGGUCUCUGGAGUUGUGUUCUUCGUCAAUGUUGGCAUGGUGAUACUGUCUGACCUCAAGAUGGCCACCUCCCUGCUGCUGCUGCUCUUUGCUGCCUUCAUGGGCCUGAGGGCCUCCAAGGUGUUUGGGCAGCGUAGAAGUGCCCAGGCGCUAGAACUGGCACACAUGUUGUACUAUCGCAGCACAUCCAACAACUCAGAACUGCUCAGUGCCCUGGCACUCCGUGCACAAGAGGAACACAUCAAAGAGGCCCUGCUGGCUCACAGUUUCUUAGCCCGCAGGCCAGGGGGCGCCCAAGGCCUACCUGAAGAGACCUCCAAGUGGCUACAGUCUGAAGUGGAGAGCUGGCUUCUAGCCCAGUCUGGCUGUGAUGUGGCCUUCAAUGGACCUCGGGCCCUGGCUCACCUGCAAGCCCUGACUCCCAGCUUCGGGUUGUUCCCACCAGCUGAGUUGCCACAACUUGACCCACUGGUCCUAGGCACUCCAGAGGCCUGGCAGGCUACUGUGCCAGGUGGUAGCUACCCAUCACCCUGACCAUUUACUACCAGGUCUGACAUUGGCAGGGUGCCAAGCUCCACCUCCUCUAUGGCAAGGUGUCAAUCGUGGCAACUGAAUCUCCUACCUGGACUCUUGGUUGUUGAUAGGCUAUUAUUUCUGCUAGGCCAUUAGUUUUGCUAUGCUAUAGACUUAAGAGCAGCCAAUCAGGAUCGCUGGCAGUUGCUAAGCAGCCUCCUGAGGCCAGCCAAUCAAAGCUAUUUAUUUCAGCUUGUAAUUUAUUUCUCAGCCCCGCCCCUGACAGAAACCUCACCCUGGCCUGGUGUAGGGGGCGGGGCUUGGGGAGUUUUGACACAGCUGUUGGAUUGCAGUUGCCAGAGUUGGCCACAGUGAGACCGGCCAGACUGUGAAAGCUGUGCCUGGAGACCCACCCUGCUUCAACAUAUGUUUAGCCUGCACAGGAUCUGCCUGCCACAUGCACCUGGGCGGGCCCACUGCAGCCUGCAAGCCGUCUGGUCCUGGCACACGGAGGGUGACAGACACUGGGCACCUCAACCACGGGCAGCCAAUCAGAAUUCCUGGAGGAGUCUGCUCUGUGAAUCCAUGUGAGAUGAACCAUCUGUUCUGCAGCUGAUCCAUUCUGGUUGAAGGCACUGGGAACUUCUUGCCCCAAAGAAGACGUGGGCUUGCAGCGUUCCAUCCCAAGAUCGAGCCAGCUCAGGUCCCGGCAGCCUCCUAGGCCUGCUGUCUUGCUGCAGAAACCACUUUGCCUGGGUCUCCUUACAUGUGCAAUAUUUAUCACUUUACCUCUUCCAAAGGAAUAAAUAAUGUUUAAUAAA